CUCUCCUGUGCGCAGCGCUCCGGCCCGGCCGCUCCUUCCUUCCUCCCUUCCUCAUUUCCUCCUCACAGCUGGCUCUCCCUCCUCUCGGAUGCUGGCUUGCCUUCUCCUCUCCCGCACGCCGCCGCCGCCGCCGCCGCGCUGGACCGAAAUACUUCGCAGGGUGGAAUGACUGACUACCUGUUUUGCAUGGUCUGAAUUUCGGGGGGUGGGGGGGGAGAUUCGCACGUCGGAAAGGAGGGGAGUCGAGAGGGAAAAAAGGAGGCUCUCCAUCCCCCGAGGGAAUUUAUUUUACAGAGGUAUGCCAGUGCCUGAGGUGGAGACUGACACUGCCAGCGCUGCCACCAUGUUGAGCCCCGUCCUCAACGCCUCGAACGGAGAUGGCUCCGAGUCUGAAACCACCUCCGCCAUCCUUGCCUCCGUCAAGGAGCAGGAGUUGCAGUUUGAACGUCUGACCAGGGAGCUGGAAGCCGAACGACAGAUUGUUGCCAGUCAGCUGGAGAGAUGCAAGCUUGGCUCUGAGACUGGAAGCAUGACUAGCAUCAGUUCAGCAGAUGAGAAAUUUCGAUGGAACAACCAAGAUGGACAGAAGGACAUAGAGGAGGAGCUGACGACAGGUCUGGAGCUGGUGGACUCUUGCAUCCGAUCGCUCCAGGAAUCGGGCAUCUUGGACUCACAGGACACUUCUACAGGAGACAGACAAGGACUUUUGUCACAAAGCGCUUUGCAGCUCAACAACCAGGAUGCCUAUGCAGCAGCUGGUUACCAUAGUAACCAAGGGCUGGCACUUGGGGAGUCGGUCAUGGGCCGCAGCGGGCAGGCUGGAGGGGCUGUUCACAUCUACAAUCAGGUGACAUCCAGCCGUGCAGCUGCCCAGUUAGCAGGAACAGACUCUCCCUCCCAGUCCCAGAGAGACUCAUUUUCCCAGCAGGCCCAUGGCAGCGCCUUCCACAUGCCCAGUGACGGUGGACCUACACCUGCUGGACCACCCAUGUAUUACUCCUGUGCCACUUUGCCUGCACAGCGUGUGAGCUCCCCUCUCCAGGCGGUGGGAUCCCCCACCAAGCUGCAGCGACUGGGAUCGGCCUCCUCUGACAUGCCCAGUUAUGCCACGCUACAGAGGGUGUCAUCGCCCAAACAGUCACCCAGCCGACUCGCCAAGUCCUACAGCACCUCGUCGCCCAUCAACAUGGUAGCAUCAGGUGGUGGCUCCUCCUCCCCUCUCCCCAUGGCGGCCUCCCCAGGGGGAAACCACACCUCGUCACCCAUCCACCAGCUGAGCUCGGUGGUGGGCAGCUAUGCCACACUUUCGCCCACCAAGCGUAUGCUGCAUCACAUCGGACCAGACUACAAGAUUUCCCAUGAGCUAUAUGCCAACGCAACCCUGCAAAGGCCUGGUAGCCUGGCAGGUAGAGGCUCCAGAGGGUCCUACAGCAGCCAGCACAGUCACCUAGGCUCUGAGCUCCGACCUCUGCAGUCUCCUGAACACCACAUCGACCCCAUCUAUGAAGACAGAGUCUACACCAAACCCAACCUUAGAGGACAAGUGGUGAACCAGUUGUACCAAGAGGUCCUCAACUAUCUGCUCUGUCCCUACGCUCCUCUUCCUGCUUUAGCCCCGCCUUCCCCCGGUGUCGACCCAAUCCCCUUGCAGCGAACGGGAAGCCAGUCAGCCACAGCCACUUUUCAGAGAGGCAGCUUCGCCACAGGAGGUGGGGCGGUUGACUACGCAAACCCAUACCGCACUCUUCAGUUCUGCCCGUCCACCGAGUCGCCUUACAGCAAAUCAGGCCCUGCCCUCCCCCCUGAGGCGGCUCUGGGCCGGUCACCAUCAGUGGACAGUAUCCAGAAGGACCCAAGGUACGACCCCGAAUUCCUUGUGUGGAAUCAAAAUCAAGCCGAGCAAAGAAUGACAAAGGAGUUUGGCUGGAGGGAUCCAGAGCUGCCAGAGGUGAUCCAGAUGUUGCAGCAUCAGUUCCCAUCAGUCCAGUCCAACGCUGCUGCCUACCUCCAGCACCUCUGCUUCGGAGACAACAAGAUCAAGUCUGAGAUCCGGCGACAGGGUGGCAUUCAGCUGCUGGUGGACUUGUUGGACCACCGGAUGACAGACGUGCACCGCAGCGCCUGCGGAGCCCUGAGGAACCUGGUGUACGGCAAAGCUAACGACGACAACAAGAUUGCCCUGAAGAACUGCGGAGGCAUACCGGCACUGGUCCGACUACUCCGCAAGACCACAGAUGUGGAGAUCCGAGAGCUGCUCACAGGUGUUUUGUGGAACCUGUCGUCAUGUGACGCCCUGAAGAUGCCCAUCAUCCAGGAUGCCCUGGCCGUGCUGACCAACGCUGUGAUCAUCCCCCACUCGGGCUGGGACACCUCCCCGCACACACAGGAGGAUCGCAAGCUGCACCUACACUCCUCCCAGGUCCUCCGCAACGCCACUGGCUGUCUCCGGAAUGUGAGUUCUGCAGGGGAGGAGGCCCGGAGGAGGAUGAGGGAGUGUGAGGGCCUGACAGAUGCUUUGCUCUAUGUCAUCCAGACGGCUCUGGGGAGCAGUGAGAUUGACAGCAAGACCGUAGAGAACUGUGUGUGCAUCCUGAGGAACCUGUCGUACCGUCUGGCUGCAGAGACGUCUCACAGCCAGCAGGGGGGGUCGGAGGAGCUGGACGGUCUGCUAUGUGACACCAGUGGGAAGGACGCAGAGAGUUCUGGAUGCUGGGGCAAGAAGAAGAAGAAAAAGAAGGGACAUGACCAGUGGGAUGGCGUCGGCCCGUUUCCAGACAUGGCGGAGCCCCCAAAAGGCAUCCAGAUGUUAUGGCACCCUACUAUCGUCAAGCCCUACCUCACACUGCUGUCUGAGUGCUCCAAUCCAGACACCCUGGAGGGAGCAGCUGGGGCUCUGCAGAACCUAGCUGCUGGCAGCUGGAAGUGGUCAGUAUAUAUCCGAGCUGCAGUGCGUAAGGAGAAGGGCCUCCCUAUCCUCGUGGAGUUGCUGAGGAUAGACAACGACAGGGUGGUUUGUGCUGUGGCCACGGCACUGAGGAACAUGGCUCUGGACAUCAGGAACAAGGAGCUCAUUGGUAAAUACGCCAUGAGGGACCUGGUGCACCGUUUGCCCGGCGGCAGCAACAACAACAACAGCACUGGCGGUGGGGGGGGCGGCAAUACCAGCAGCUUGGUGGGGAAGACCAUGUCGGACGACACUAUCACAGCUAUCUGUUGCGCGCUGCAUGAGGUCAUCACUAAGAACAUGGAGAACACCAAGGCCCUGAGGGACGCCGGCGGCAUAGAGAAGCUCAUCGGCAUCGCUCGCAGCAAAGGAGACAAAAUUCCCAGACAUAGUCCUAAAGUGGUAAAGGCCGCAUCUCAAGUCCUGAACAGUAUGUGGCAGUACAGAGACCUCCGCAGCCUCUACAAAAAGGAUGGCUAUUCCCAGUAUCAUUUUGUCGGCUCUUCUUCCACGAUAGAGCGGGACAGACAGCGACCUUAUUCCUCCUCUCGUACUCCGUCCAUCUCUCCUGUACGAACCUCACCCAACAAUCGAUCAGCGAGCGCCCCUGCUUCUCCCAGGGAGAUGAUGGCAUUGAAGGAGAGGAAGGCAGACUACGAGUCCACUGGCAAUGCCAGUUACCAUGGCAGCAAGGGUGAACACCAAUCCCGGAAGGACACCAUGACAGGUCAGAUCUCUGGUGGCUCUUCCACACUACACAGAGGAGCAUACGUGUCACCCACUGAUGACCUGAAGUACAAUCAGGUGUCGUCUCAAGGCUUGCCUUCAGAACCCUACCCUCCUUUCCAAAACCCUCCUCCACCCGACAGCGUCAACUAUGAGGACCAGGCCUUCUAUGAGAACCAGGUUCAUGCCGGAGGGCGCCCCCCACAGGGUGAUCUUAACAUGCACUUGACGGGUCUCAAGUCCACCGGCAACUAUGUAGACUUCUACUCAGCCUCGCGGCCCUACAGCGAGCUCAACUAUGAGACCAGCCACUAUCCAGCCUCACCAGACUCCUGGGUCUGAGGGGAGAUGAGGAUAGAAGACUUGAGGGAGGAGGAGGAGGGAGAGGAUGGAUAUAAGCAAAACAGGACAGUAGUUAGUUUUAAAAAGUGGAGGAGAGAAGUUGAGGACAGUCUCCCUCCCUCCCUCCCCAUCCUCCCCUGUAGUUCCUGAGUAGCAUCAUAGGUAGCAGGACAACAGAGGGGGAGGAUGGAGUGCAAGAAAAGAGACAUGGGGAGAAAAUCGAAGACAUUACUCUCCUCUCAGAUACACCUGAAGGAGGAGGGAGAGGGGACAGAGGUGGAGCAGAAGAGAACGAAGGAGCGGCCAUGCAUGUGCAUGCACACCACCAACAAAACCGACAGACACAUUUUCUUUCUGUGUUUAGUUUGUGAUCAACCACUGCUAGAAGGUCCAGCAGACAGAAAGACCUCCUGCACCUGAAUGCCUCUGGAUGCAGAACGUGGGAGAGACAGACAUGAUGAAGGAACAUGAAGCGAAAGAUGGAAAAAGCAGGAAAUAUAUGGAGGACAGUGAAAGAGAUAAGUGGCUCAGUGGAUGGGAGGAUGGAAGGUUUCGAACUGCAAAACGGAAUGUGUGAAAGAUACCCAGGAGAAACAUGUAAAUAUGUGGUUAUAGCAACAUGGCUUUUAGUAAUGUAAAGCACAAGAGGCAGAGCUGUAGGACAUGUAGGACGUCUGUCACACAAACUUUUGUUUCUCUCUAUGGCUUCAGCGUGAUGUUUCCUCCUCCGGGCGAAGAGCGCUUCUGGACUUUGUCAUUUGUAACAGUUUUUUCUUUCUUUUUCUUUCGUUGUGUUUCUACUUUUUUAAUUCUUGAUUCUGGUUGUAUAGUAUUUGAUGUACACUGUACAUUUACCAAGAUGCAUUGUGUACUGUGCAUUGCACUAUUUUCUGUCAUGUCAGGCCUUUCGCCGUUGGGUCAACUUCACCACUCCGCUGACUUCCCCCUCUUUCCCGCAAAACACACACAAAUACUCACAGUAUCUGCACUCAGACUUUCAAAAAUCAUAUCACAGCUCCAGACGGAUGUCAACACGUUGCUAAUGUGCAAUACUGGAUAUGAAUUGGGUAUUGAAGCAUCGGUUCUGGUAGGUCACGGUGCUCCCUUUACUGCCCUACAGAUAGUUUUCACAGGAUAGCCAACAGUACAGCUGCCAAAAUAGCUGAAGAGUAGCUCAAACAGUUUUUCCACCACAUAACUCAUCUUUUCAAGGCUAAAUUGGUUUUUGUUUCUUGGUAGAUAUCUUUCCACAUUAAUCCACUUUGGUUCCCAUGAGCCCCUCCUUUGAGUGAACUGUGCUCAUUUUGUAUAUAACCGUGCCAAACAAGGGUUACAUCCCCUCAGCUGAAAAAGGCAGGGGGGUAAGUUGAGGGCGUGUUAAAGGGUCCAAGUUCAGCCGAACAUCCUUGCGGCUCUAACGAUGCCAGUUUGUAAAUGCUUUGGUUUUUCUAAACUGUGUUUUACUGGGAUGAAAACUGUCUAACUGCACCGGGACCGGGGAGAAAAACAUACAAGAAAACAACAACAACAAAAAAAAAGAAGAAAACCAUGGAGGGGACUGUGACCAGGCAGAGCAUCACUUCCUCCAAAGUUGUACAAAUUUAGUUGAUUUCUGUGUUGUAAAAUAAUCAAUGUUUGAAGUUCCAAAAAAAAAAAAAAAAAAACUUUUUUUCUGAGAGAUGGGUGGCAAUUCUAACUUCAUGGUAGACAAAACUGUUAAUAGAGUACGGAUAUAUAUUAUAUAAAUAUAAAUAUAUACUUUUUAUGUGCAGAUGUGGAUGUCACUUAUAGCAGCAACAUUAUGGAAAAAGACUUGUUAAAAAAAGAAAAAAAAAACAGCUACAUGUAGGAAUUUUGUUCACAUUUUAUUUUCUGGUCAACACACUAAAUUGUCAACUUUGUGUAGUAAUGUUGUUGCUAUGUGGAGUAGAUAGACCAGGGCCCAGGGAUCCACGUUGUCACUAAAGCAGUCUAAAAAGGUGCUACAUCCGUGACAAGUAUUCCAAACAUGCCUGUAUUAUAACUGUGCACAAAAUGUUUGUUCCACUCUGCAUUGAUAACAAACUACUGAUUAUCAGCCAUGAGUUCUAAUCAUGUCACAGGUGACCGUUUUAAGCCACAUAACAAAGAACAACCACCCGUGCAUGAAAAACUCUGAUGCCCAAUAGCCAAAAUUGAACCCAUGAAUGCAUGAGUAUUUGUUGUCAUUAAUCAGAAACUAAAUAGUGAUUUAUGAUUUGUUUUCAUUUACUUGUGAUUUGAAAAAGGCUAAAUUGCAAAAACAUGACAACAGACCCUGGUUCUCCCUACCCACUGCUGUUUAGAAGUCCUAGAGGUCAUCUUCCUAUGCUUGAAAAAUGACUCAUAAUGCAACAGUCCCCACGAAAACACUGGACAAGAAACAGACGUACUUUAUUUGUUAGUGAGCAUCUGGAAACUGACAACAUUAUGUAUGUCUUUGUGAACCUUAGGCAGAAAAAAACCUGACUAUAAGACCUGUAUGGAGAUAUAAUGUCGGUAACCUUUUUGUUGCUAGACCAAACGUGUUUUAAAAAGAGAAUUGUGAAUCUUUCUAUUGCCUCAAACAGAUUGCAACUGCUCCAAAAAAUAUAAACGGACCAUCGAAGAACCUCA